CCCAUGGAGCCCCUGUCCCCUGACGUCCAGGCCCGGCAGGCAGGGAGGGUAGCAGCGCAACACAAUAAUACAGGGAAAUAUUAAGCCGUGACAUUGACGUGCCCGGCGCCUCCCCUCCCCCGCGCUCCCGGCACACUCUGGGCUGCUUGGCACGCCCCCUCUCGUUCCACUGCGUCCCGCGCCCGGCGCUCAUCCCCGAGGGGCCCCUGCAACCUCUCCGCACGAAGACGGCUCCAGCUCUGCAGGGAAAGAAAAGUAACUUCGUUUUUCUCGGAGGAACCAGGAAGGAUUAAGCGGCCUGGGAGAGGGCAGGAGCUCGCAGAGGGUGGAAUGACCGUGGACUGAGACGCGCUCGGGCUGAGACUGAGACUAUGUAAUCGCCUCGGUGACUGCAGAGGACUGCGCUUCGGGGAGGGAAGAGGAGGGAUCGGCUCGCUCCUCGGCGACUCAGCAGGCGGAGUUUCGCAGCGGCGGCACCAGGGUUGCGCCCGCCCGCGGGGAGGUCGCUCCAUCCAGCCCCAGCGGCCGCGAGAGUCCGAGCGCCCGAGCGCGGUAGUCGGCGGGGGGGGGGCUGAGAGAGAGCGAGACCGAGCUCCGGGGCGCGAGGGAGUCCGCCGGGGAGUCCGGGAGGAGGCGAGCGGCGGCCACCAGCGAGCCGAGCGCGCCCCCCGCCCGCCCCAGCGGCACCGCGCCGGGCGGCGUCCGGGCGGCAUGGAGAAGGACGGCCUGAGCCGUGCCGACCAGCAGUAUGAGUGCGUGGCGGAGAUCGGGGAGGGCGCCUACGGGAAGGUGUUCAAGGCCCGGGACCUGAAGAACGGAGGCCGUUUCGUGGCGCUGAAACGCGUGCGAGUGCAGACUGGCGAGGAGGGCAUGCCGCUCUCCACCAUCCGCGAGGUGGCGGUGCUGAGGCACCUGGAGACCUUCGAGCACCCCAACGUGGUCAGGUUGUUUGACGUGUGUACAGUGUCACGAACAGACAGAGAAACCAAACUAACGUUAGUGUUUGAACACGUUGAUCAAGACUUGACCACUUAUUUGGAUAAAGUGCCAGAACCCGGAGUGCCCACUGAAACCAUAAAGGACAUGAUGUUUCAGCUUCUCCGAGGCCUGGACUUCCUUCAUUCUCACCGAGUGGUGCAUCGUGAUCUAAAGCCACAGAACAUUCUGGUGACCAGCAGUGGACAAAUAAAGCUGGCUGACUUCGGCCUCGCUCGCAUCUACAGUUUCCAGAUGGCUCUUACCUCGGUGGUCGUCACACUGUGGUACCGCGCUCCCGAAGUCCUGCUGCAGUCCAGCUAUGCCACCCCUGUGGACCUCUGGAGCGUUGGCUGCAUAUUUGCAGAGAUGUUUCGUAGAAAGCCUCUUUUUCGUGGAAGUUCAGAUGUCGACCAACUAGGAAAAAUCUUGGACGUCAUUGGACUCCCGGGAGAAGAGGACUGGCCUAGAGAUGUUGCCCUACCCAGGCAGGCUUUUCACUCAAAAUCUCCUCAACCAAUUGAGAAGUUUGUAACAGACAUUGAUGAACAAGGCAAAGACCUACUUCUGAAGUGCUUGACAUUUAAUCCAGCCAAAAGAAUAUCAGCAUACAGUGCCCUGUCUCACCCUUACUUCCACGAUCUGGAGAGGUUCAAGGAAAACCUGGAUUCCCACCUGCCGCCCAGCCAGAACAGCUCGGAAAUGAAUACCGCCUAACCUGCCUUGAGCUGAUCAUCCGGGGGACCUCCUUGGUGGCUGAGGGGUCCCCCGAGGAAGCCUUGCAGAGCUGUCGAGGAUCGCUGGCUGGAGACCUCCUAGCUGCUGUCUUCAGGAUGGGCUCUGCUUCUCCGAGGGAACCACCUCGUUUACUGUUUUGAAAUCAAUGCAAGAGUGAUUGCAGCUUUAUGUCCAUUCAUUUGUUUGUGUGUCUGUUUGUUUCAAGAACCUGGAAGAAUUCCAGAAGAGAAGCUGCUGAUCCGUUGUGCUGCCGUUUCAUUUUUUCUGAUCUUGAAUGCUGCCCGUGUGACGUGAGCAACCUGGGCACAGCUGAGUGAGAUCGCACGUGUAAUCUCUCUGUAGCUGCUGGGGCCUGCUUUGGUACUUCUGAGUGAGUGUGUGUGCAUGCGUGUGUGUGUGAUUCUUGAUCUCUUAAAAAGUGUUACUUUCUAUAAACAAGAGGGAGAAUUGAAUCUUAAAGUCUCAAAGUGACCGCUAAAUAACAGGUGUCUGUUGACUAUAGCAGAUCCACUAAAAUGGGCUUCUCAAACUAGAAAAUUGAGUCUAUGUCCUUAGCAUUUCUUUUCUGGUCAAAAGCAGUCAAUUCACUAAUAGUAAAGGGUUCACCAUCUAGGUGAAGUUUUAUACACACAGCGAAAAGAAAAAAGAAUUCUAGUAUCUUUUAAGAAACCUGUUUCUGAAAGCAAAUGUGCUAUUUACUCUUCAAAAAGCUGCAUUUACUCCUUGUCAUUUUAACCUGUAUAGUAUGCUUGAUUGUUUCUUUUAAAGAAUACCCUUAUAAGCUUGCUAUAGAUUUAGGGAGUGUACCUCAGCAAGGUAAAAUUGUCAAAAAAAAAAAAAAAUAGAGAAAGCCUUUAUUUCCUGGUUUGGAGUUUAUUUCUCUUUUGGUUUUUAUUGUUACUUUGUUUUGGUUUUGAUGUUAGGAAUUUUCAGGAACUGUUUCCUUUUUGAGUUGGGAGGAUAGUUCUCUCUGACCAGAGGCAGGAAUGCCCUGUUAAGUUUGCCUCCGCCUUUUACACUGUACUUCUUCUGCAGUGCACUGCUGAAUUUGCAAAGUGUACAUCUUUAUCUGUCCCCCAGCGUGUCUAAUGUACUUCACUAGCCUUACACAGUUAAUGACAGAUUGCUUAGGCUGUUCUCAUGCAUCUCCUCCUUUCUUUCCUCCAGUGAACCUUUCAUCAACAGUUUGAUUCAGAUGAUGGCUUAUGGCUCCAAUUCCACAGCCCUAGCAGAAUCCCAUGUAUUCUCCCGCUACUGCAAUCUUCCUGGCAUUUACUGUUGUUACCUAGGCAGUGAGCAGAAGACUGGUUCUUCUCCAUCACUGAGAUGUAGGUUGCUUUAAAGUGUUACUUAGUGUUUUGCAUUUUUGUAGACUAUAUUGUCAGUGUAGUGUCUGAGGGAACAUCCUGAACUAUUUUUUAGGGAUGUAUAUUUACUCUGUAAAAUUGCCUGUUCUCCAUCCACCAGGCUGUGCUCAUUCUAGCGCCUUAUGCACGUUCCCCGCCCCCUGCAGAGCCAGCCUGACCUGGGCGUUGUGAACAGCUUCACCUUUGCUCUUGCCAUUUUUCUCUGCAGUACUAUAUAUUCCAUGCCAUCUCUGCCGUCUACGUAGUUAGUGCUCAGUCAGCUCUAGUAACCAGAAGACACAGAGGUGAAGUAUCCUUUGGUAAGUUUUAGCUCCCUUGGCUUUCCAAUUCAUGUUUCGCGUGUAUGAAACAGUUAGAUCGUGUUUAGCAUUAGGGGCUUCAAAGAAUGGACGUUGCUUCCCUCAGAAGAAAAUGUUCUAUAUGAUGUUUAUGCAUAAUCAGGCCUUUCCGAGUUCUCCAGAACUUAAUAGUGCAUAUGACUAUCUUGAACAAGAGAAAAAUUAGGAGACUUUUCUCUUUGAGAGCUUUCUCGGUCGGGACCCAUUCUUUUCUAAUAUCUAUAUAUUGUUUAAUAUUAUUCUAAUUCAAUAACUUUAAGAGCAGGAAAAUUUUUGCUAAAGCAAGCUAUGAAUGAGAAGAUGGGCCAUGAGAAUGUUUUUUACAGUCUUCCUUGUGACAGCAUCGAGAUUAUGUUUUGUCAUCACUGUAAAUGCUUGAGAUAUAAUGGACCCAGAAUAUUCGAGGCAAAUAUACUUGUGGUCUACCCAGAUAAGUGGGGGGCGGGGGGGGGGGGAACACUGAUAAAUGAGUUCUGCCUUUCCUUUGAUCGGAGGUCAAAAUAAUAAAGACCAGGGGCCUAGAAAUUGAAUUUUAAAACACUGCACUGAUCCAUCAGGAGCUUUGCAGUGAGUAUCCAUGGUUAGACUGAACAUAACUUGGGUUUUGGCUUUUGCAAAAAUUUUUCGGAAGUUCACUCAAGAAAAAUGCAGCUGUUAUAAACUGGAAUUUUUCAGCAUUCUUUAGCAUUUUAAACACGUAGAAAGUCCAACUUUUAUAUCCAACAUAUGCUCCUGAUUCAUUUAUUGGUGGUAUUUAUAAAGAAAACUUCAAGCAUGAACAUUUAGAUACUUGCCAGAUUACCCUGUGAGAGGCAGAACUGUGAACUCGUUAAAGAGUCUGUCCCCAGCUCCUCCAUCCUGGCGGUUGUUGCACUUGAGUGAUUACUUUUUUAUUUUAUGUCUUUCACAUCCGGCUCACCACUUCUGAGACCCAGAUCCCACACAUGCACCUUUGCCAUUAGGGCACUCUGAAUCAUAGAGCAGAAGACAAGCUUACUGAAUGCGGCUUAUUCUUCUGUGACAUAUGGUUUCAGACGGCUUUGCCAAAAGCUAGGCAGUGAUUAGCUGAAAAGGUCAUAUCGCCCCAGGGUUACACUGAAGCAGCUUAUAGCUCUAAGAAACAGGAUGACAGACUUGAAAUCACAUUUGCAUUUCUUACUAGGAUGGGGACAAGAAUGUUUGCCCAAUCGUUUCUAUGUAUUUCGAUCUAGCGGCCCAAGCGUUGGGAACUGCUGUGCCAGGGUGGACUUGUAACAGCCUACAUGUAAAGAGUCCAUUUAGGCAUCAUGAGCUCUCACCUGGCAAAGGUAAUAAGGCUGGAACCUUAUAAUCUUAAAAACACAAUCCCCAAGAGCUUGUCAGAACCCGGUGCACUGGGGCCUCCCACUUGGCCUCCCCCUUUGAAGUGGAUGGGAACUCAAGGAGCAGAGAAUCUGUUUCGGAAGAACGCUCCAGGCCAUUUUAGCCCCCUAUGUUCUCAUGGUUUUCUCUCAGGAAACACACAUUCUGAAUGACUGAUUUUUCACUUAGCCUCAGGUGACUUAUACUAAAAAUAGUUCAAAAUAUUCACCUGAUUCUCAGCCUCUUCGUUUUGGGUAAAAAUGAAAAUUUCAGAAUGCAUGGGAUGUUACUAUCUUAAAUAAAACAUGGACCUUUUAAUAGAGAAAUUUAUGAUAUGACUUCAGAAUGUGAUACUGUCCAUCCUGUUGAGAAAAAAACUUAAAUAUGACUAAACUUUUGAGUCUUAAAUAAUGGAUUUAAAUUGAGUUUUUAACUAACUAUAGCUACUUCUCUUAAACAGGGGUACCUAUAAAAAUCAGUAAUGACAAUUCUUAUUUCUUAAUAGAAAUUAAAUCAUGUAUGCUUCCUAAUAUCAUAAACAUACUAAAAUUCUUCUCUAAAGAAUUGCUUCUCUUUUUAAGUGACUUUACUGUAAUUUUUAUAAGCACAUGAGAGUGUCUCAUUUUCCAAAAACAGGCCAAUGUUGCAUAGGUGGGUCUAGGAAAGAAUGUUGAAAGUUAAUAAGCCACUGUAGUUACUUAAUUGUGUUAGUACAAUUUCUUGGAACGGAAAUAAUUGAAUAUUAUAUAUUCCAGAUAUUGAUAGAAUUCAAAAGAAUGCUUAAAGACAUAAAAUAGUGUCUUUAUAAAAAUUAAAAUGUGAUUAUUUCUAAAUUUUUUAAAAACCAGAAGAUACUAGGCAGUGGCUAGAGGAAAUUCUGGAGAAAAUGAAGGUAUUCAAAGAAGGAUAGUUUCAAAGUUAUGUAUACUUUAUUUAAAGUCACCUGGCAACUAUGAACAUGAUAUGGUCAAAAACAAAUUUUAUGGAAAAGCCAUUCCAAACAGUUAUCGUUUCAAAGGUUGAGCUAAAGCAAGUUAAACCACCACUAUUCCUUCCACAUUUCAUGGGAAGACACAGCCAUGUGAAGCUACUCUCGUUGUGCAAGCCUUAAAAUGUUCAUUGUUAAAAACUAAAUAAAUUUUUUAAAGGUAUGUGUUUCCUAUGCCACCAAGAUUUUUGAAAACUUGUGGAACCUAAACCAUUUAUCAUGUGCAUUCAGUACAUACAGACACAUGAUGAGGAAGAUUAAUUACAUGGUCCUUCCCCAUAGUGGAAAAACUUCAGGCUCCCAUAAACCUGCCAAGCAAUAUAAGUGCCCAGAUAACUAGCAGUGGUGUUUUCCUCAAAGGCAUAAGCAGAUAGAAUUUUCACUUUUUUCUGCAUGCAAUUUUCAACCUGGUUUUAUUACACACCUAUAUCUCAAGCAUUUCUAGUUUGUCCUUUUUCAGAAAAUAUACCAAAACUAUUCCUUUGGCCUUAUCCAUCUUCUGACCUUUGUUAACAACAAAAAAUGGAGAAAGAGGAGGGGUCUGAUUUUUCAAUGUUUUCCUCAGUUAGUUGUUUUUGUUUUUUAAAUGAAGUGCAAGUCAGCUUUUCAAAUGUUUUCUAUUUCUUAGCAUUCCCUGAGAGUUAAUUUAGAUAAAAGAAUGGACAUCCAUCAACAUAUUUAUGUUUUCUUAAUAACUGGUGCUCUGGCCUUCGAGAAUAUAACAAUACUCUCCUGAAAAUAAACACAGUUUUUUCCCAACCAUCUAGUUAAAUACUAGUACAGCAAUUUUAAGUCAAUAUGUUAGGAAAGCGAAGUGGUUUUUCUUUCACAUGUCUGUUUUAAAAUUCACAUUGUCCUAAGGGAUGGCCUUUCUUGUUUUAUUCUAGUAUAUUCCACAAGGUGGCACUUUGAAGGAGGGGUAUGGAAUCUGAGCUACGCCUCUAACUUUAUUUUUCUGCAUACAUUUAACUUUUGCCUAGCACCUGUUUUUCAGGAUGAUUCAUAGUCCUCACAAUGUUCUGUAACUUAGAUAUUUUAGCUGUUAGCUAAGUUCUGAACAGUUGUCUACAAGUAAAUUGUUCUUGAGGAUGCAUAAUACACCCAUUUUGAUUAUUUAAGUGCAUGAAGAGAGCCUAGUUGUUCAUUUGUUCAUGAAACAUCUUUUGAGGUAUCUAAUUACCUCACUUUUCCAGGUCCAGAAGUUAGAAACGUGGACAGGCUUAUUACUCAAUAGGCAACACUCAUCUGUGAACAGGAUAGUGUUGUUAGGAGUGUAAGAUUCCUCCAGAGGCCUCAGGCACAAUAUGUAUAUCCCAUGUCAGCUGCUUUCCCAUCACCUACUGUGGUGGCCGUUAACACAAUCCAGUUUAAAAAUCCUAACUAACAAAAUCAGAUGCAGACACUAAGUGACACAGAGCUACCAAAUAGACCAAACUUUUUUCAAAGAUCUGCUGUGCUGAAACAGAGCCCUAAAGUACUAAAAGACCUGCAAAUUUGUAUAGUCACAAGUAUAAAUUCACAAGAUAUUCUUAAUUGUUUUAAAUUUUCUUUAAGCCUAUGAGCUAAUAACUUAGGAGUAUAUCUACAUUAAGUGAUAUCUCCAUUUGUGAAGCUCCUUGGCAACUUCAUGUUAUAAAAAUAUAUAUGUUUUCAUAGACUUUUGUUUUAAUUCACAGAUCUGCUCAGACACCAUUAUCCAGCUGAUGAUUUUAGUCAAUUUGAGAAGUCAUUUUCUUCCAUAGUGUCACUGAACUUUAGAAGGAAGGAAAUUAUUUUUCCAGCCUUCCCUUAGCACAACCCAGCGGAAGGCCGUUUAUUCCUUCUGAGUAGCAGAAACUCUGUAGUCCCUGCUUCACUUUUCUCCGGAGUAGCCAGUUGGCUAGUCUCGGUAAUUUAUACUAAAUCAAAAUACCGCACACACUGGAGGCUGUCAAAUCUUCGGCCUGUCCCUCUUCUUAAAAUCCCAUUGAAGAAGAUUCCAGUUUAAGUCCCUCAGUGGAAGGCCGAAUUCAAACCUCCAGUCUGUCAUCAUUUGGGCCAGUCUGAACCCUAUUUACUCCUGCUCAAAGCCUCCCUCCCACCGAAAAAGCCUGCCCGUGCGCUGCGCCGUCGCCCCGCCCCUUUGGCCGUAGAGGGUCAGUGGGCGGGGCUGACUGAGACCCGCCCACCGCUCACCUGUUCGUGCCUGAUAUUGAUUACAGACCCGGCGGGAUACUGUCCGAGGUCCGUGUUGCCCUGCUGCUGUCUCAGAGGCAUCUGUUUUGCAGUCUUAGGAAGUAAAAUGUCCCUAGAGGCAAACGAUGUCUUCUGUGCAUAAAUAAGUACAACACAAUUCUCCGAAAGUUCGGGUAUAAAGAGAUGCUACUCUAUCAAGCUAUCUAUCAGGCAUCUCUCAAGCUCUAAGCUCUGCUUUUUUUUUUUUUUUUCUCUAAGAGAAGAUGUAUAAUUACAGGAAAGAUUUUUUAUUUUUUUAUUUUCUAUCAUUCUACAUAUAUGAUGGCAAAAGAUAUGCCUGGAAAAGUUUUGUUUGGAAAAUUUAUUUUCUGCUUCAUCCUCAGUUGGCAAAAGCUCCUAACUCUUUAAUUUCAAACUUUUUCCUUCUCCUUUUUCUUUGUCAGGUAAAUAAAGGUAUGUGAGCAAAUUAUGUUAUGUAGGAGGGAGACUCUCCUGUUUAGAGGAACCUUUGAUGUGAACUGUUUUGUCAAACAACCCCUUCCCUAUUUAAGGAGUUUGGAUUGUCAAAUGUAGUUUUUCUUGAAGGGGACACAUAACUGCAUAAUGCUGUAAAGAACUAUGAUUGUAGCACUAAUCAGCAAGCUUAAAGCCACAAGUUAUAUCAUUCCUAACUCUGUGGUGUCUAGCCAGACCCAAUGAAGUGCUUAGGUUACAGUCCUGAAGAGACCCUUCAUACCCUUACUUGAAAGUUUCUAAUCUUAAGUUUUAUUAAAUGCAAUAAUAUGUAUUAACUAGCAAUAUUUGUGUGAUCACCAGCAACUCUGAAUUUGACCUUGAAGUCUCUGGAUAAGGAAAAUAGAUCCCAGCAGUAAUACACAUCUUGAACCCCCAGCCCCCACCAAGUGUAUUGUAUAUCUUGCCAUUUUGGUCCUGUGUUUGCAAGAAAUGUAUACGGGAAUAUUUUAAUUCCUUAACUUACUUUGUAUUCAUUUUAUUUUUCUGUGACCAGUGAUAAGUCUGUUAGUUAGCACAUGGAAUGAAUAGCAUCAACUACUCCUAGGAUCAGCAUUUAACACGGUGGGAAAUUUUUAUUCCAAGUUGUUCUACAUUUGCAUAAAUUAUUUCUAUUAUUGUUCAUGUAUAUUAUUUAUUUCUCAAUCACAUUAGUCCUGUGAAAGUGCAACAGAAGGCAGACCGCAUUAGGAUUUGCAUUUAAUGCUCAUUAUCAUGGUCUUGAUGGAACUAAGAAAAUUAAAAUUAAGACUAAGCCCCCAAGUAAGCUGCAUGCAUUUUAACAUGAUUAGUAGAAUUUAAGUCUAUAGAGAUAGUAUUUUUUGUGUCUAGGUGUUUUAUAAGUAUGUAAAGGAAUUAAAGCAAAGAACUUUGUUCUCUUGUCAAGUAUUGCAUAUAUUAUGGUGUGAAAUACAGCAAAAAUUAAAACUGCAGAUAGCAAAGCAUCAAAUAAGGCCUUCAGUUAGGAACUCUGCCAGGUGGUCAUCAUAAUAGAUGGCAGGUAGAGACAGAUGCCUGGUUGGCACUUCCGCUUAGCUGCCCGAGAGAAGCAGCCCACCCCCCCGACCCCGCAACUCGAUCUGUGCCCUCAUAGGUGUUGGGUACAGUAGGGGGAACAGGUAGCCCUGUUGAAAGGAGACCAAUGUGUGAGUUUUCUGUAGAAGCAGAACUGCCAGCCUGUGCCAUGAGGCUUCCAGGACGUGCCAGAUGGGAGAAGUCCAAGGUUCUGUGCUUCAAGCAAGGUGGUUUUGUAGAGAAGCACUGCAGUCCGGUCAUUAAAACAAAGAAGGGCUGUGGGUACAUUGUCAGCAAUGGGAUUUUAACCACCAACAGUCCCUAACACCUCAAAAGCUUGUUGCAUGUCUGCUAUUUUAAGUUUUGACCUGAAGGUUACAAGGCAAGUGUUUUGUAUAGAAGAGCAGUAUGUGUUAAGAAAAGCACAGUGUCGGUUCCUGUAGAGUGCAGAGUAGGACUAGAGGAUUUUAUAGGCUUAUCAUUUCUAAGAUGUGUGAAAAAAAAAAGCAUGUUUUCACCUUAAAAUGUGUUGGUGUUUCUGCACUCCGAUAGGGCCUAGUUAAAACUUUCUUCUAGAUUUCAGCAAGGCUGUUGCAGCCAGGGAGUUAUUGUUUGCUUUUUUUUUUCUUUUUUUUUUUUUACUUAUUUUUAUAAUAGAUGUUUUUAAAGUAGAAGAAAAUCUUAAUUAGGGCUUCUGACUUGUUGGUUUCUGUGUUUGAAAUCACGGUUCUGGAGAUGUAAGGAUUGCGCAUGUGCAUGUCAGAUACUAGUUGAGGCUGUGUGCACCAGCCCAGAAUGACAGAUGCUCCACCAGCCUCUGCGUCCUCCCUCCCUCCCUCCCUCGGAAGUGCUCCCUGCCCCCUUCCUGGCUUUUCCAUCUGCUGCUCUUCAUUCUCCUCUGCUGUACUUUGGGGUCAGGGACAUGACGAGAGAUGCUUUGAGCAUCCCAGGUAUGCCUAUCCAUCCCUAUGGCCAUAGUUCUCAAGAGAAGGUUCCUGGUGCUGAACAGAGAACAGUCAGGACACCAAUCACAAAUGCCUUCUAGCCUCUUCGUAGGGAUCUUGAUUUUUAAACCCAGUCAUUCUACAGAGCAUUCCGUUUCGGCUGUGGUGCAAAUAGAGAAACUAACCCAAGAAUAUAAAGCACAUUCCAGGCUGCUGUUUUCUAUCCAUCUACAGGCUAUCCUUUCACUGUAUUUCUUCAUACUUGAAAUGCAUUCUGCUAUUUUAAUAUCAGGGUACAGACUUACAAGGGUGCAUGUUCCUUAAAGGUGCGAAACGACUCUCAUUCCGUUUGCUCACAUUGCUACAGAAUGCUCUGUUCCGGUGCUUUGGGUUCAGCGGGUUGGAGAAGCAGUGCAGAAGCUCACUGCCGCGGACACAGGUUUACCCGAAUGUCGGCAGAUGGCUUGGUGGUAGAUACGGCUUCCACUCUUUUCUCUGUCCACAAGAUGGAGAGUUCCCACCCUGGUGUGAGGUUCACCGGGGUGGCCUUCCUCACGGGGUCCACAAGCCCUGUGCUCUCCCCAAGUGUGGGUGCAGCGCACCUCUCCAAAAGCAGGGGCCUUCCUACGUACCCAGGUCACUUAGCCCUCAAAGAGAAAUGACCUCGGGUGUAGACAGGAGAAUGGAAAGAGCCGUCUCACUCUAGCGGCCAACCUCAUAGAAAGCCCUCCUGAGGCAAAAAAAAAAAAAAAAAAAAUUCAAAAAAAAAAAAAAAAAAAAAAGGAAAAAAAAAAAAAGAAA